CCGAAGCCCAGGCAGGGCUCGCCAGUGGCCGGAGCGGCUGGAUCGUCUCUGGCCCAACCAAGCGGGGCCGGGGGCCGGGGCCCAGGGGGGACUGGGGUCAACCCUUCUCCGAGCCGGGGCUGCCCCCCGCCCCCCUUGCGGAGAGGGCCGGGGGUCCCGUCCCGCCCACGCCCGGGGCCAGGGGCCGGGGCGCGCCCCCGAGGGUCCGGCAGUAGCCCCCCACUCCCGCCCCGCGGCCCUCGGCCGGGCCCUUCUUCGGGGACCCGGUGAGGCCUGGCCGGCCCAGGUCCACCCCUGACCCCACGGGCCUGCAAACCGCCCCCCGAGCAGUUUUCCCUAGGCGCUUCCUGAUUCCCAUCGGCGACAAGAUGACGAUUCCUAUCUUGGCCAAAGGACCCCGUGCGUCAUCGUGAUAACUCGUGAUAUAACAUCGUGAUAGCUGCUUUCCAUGCUUAGUGAUCAGCCGCUCUCUCGGCGCCCCCGCCCCCCCGCGCCCGCCAUGUCGGAGCCCCCGGGCCGCCGGUUCCGACGGCUGAGCCGGGAGCAGGUGGGGACCCUGGAGCAGGUGCUGACGGCGGCGGUGCCCAUCCACGGCCGGGGCAACUUCCCCACCCUGGAGGUGCAGCCCCGCGCCAUCGUGCUGGCCGUGCGGGACCGGCUGCGCCAGAAGCAGAUCGCCGUGCGGGACGUGCGGCUCAACGGCUCCACGGCCAGCUACGUGCUGGUCCCCCGGGACGGCCGCGGCUGCAAGGACCUGGACAUCAUCUUCGGGGUGCGCCUGCCGGGCGAGCGGGACUUCCAGGUGGUCAAGGAGGCCGUCCUGCGCGGGCUGCGCGACUUCCUGCCGGCCGGGGUCCGCAGGGACAAGAUCACGGCCCAGACCAUGAAGGAGGCCUACGUGCAGAAGCUGGUCAAGGUGUGCGCCGACGGCGACCGCUGGAGCCUCAUCUCGCUGUGCAACAACCGCGGCAAGAACGUGGAGCUCAAAUUCGUCGACUCCCUGCGCCGCCAGUUCGAGUUCAGCGUCGACUCGUUCCAGAUCGUGCUGGACCCGCUGCUGGCCCCUCCGCCCGUCGCCCCCGGGGCCGGGCCCUGGCCCCCCGGGCCCUGGCCCCCCGGGCCCUCGCCCCCCGGGCCCUGGCCCCCCGGACCCUCGCCCCCCGCGCCCGGCCCGGCCGUCGUGGCCGAGAGCGUCUACGGCGACUUCGAGCGGGCCCUGGGCCACCUGCGCGGCCGGCUGAUCGCCACCCGGCAGCCCGAGGAGAUCCGCGGAGGGGGGCUGCUCAAAUACUGCCACUUGCUGGUCCGCGGCUACCGGGCGGCCGACGGGGCGGAGAUCCGCGCCCUGGAGCGCUACAUGUGUUCGCGCUUCUUCAUCGACUUCCCCGACGUGGCGGAGCAGCAGCGUCGCCUCGAGUCCUACCUGCGCAGCCACUUCGUCGGCGAGGAGCGCAGCCAGUACGACUACCUGAUGACCCUGCGGGCCGUCGUCGACGGCAGCACCGUCUGCCUCAUGGGCCACGAACGCCGCCAGACCCUGGGCCUCAUCGCCGCCCUGGCCCUCCGGGCCCUGGGGCGGCGUCACCCCCGGCCCGACGCCCCCCGCCUCGCCGGCUGCUACCAGCCCCCCGCCUGCCUCGGCCGCCGGGACCCGGCCGUCUACUACGGAGCCCGGGGCCCGACCCCCGUCUCCGCCUCCGGGCGGCCUCGCCCCCCUCUCGCGCCCGCCCCGGGACCCCCGGCCCGGGGCCAAUAAAGACCGCCGGGCACCGCGGACGACCGCCCCCCCA